AUGCCCCCACUCAGCUUUUUUGCCCUCCUACUCCUGGCCACCAGCGCCAUAGCCGAAUGGAUCCGUGAGAUGGAAGUGAUGGACCCCCGGGACCUCUAUGAAGCUCACUACUUCUCUGGGGCCCUGCCAGAUGAUGACAUGGGAGGGGCCCUUCUGGAAAAAGAAACUGAUGACUUUAUUUUGUCAGGCUCAGGAGAUAUGGAUGAUACUGAGUCAUCUGAGACAUUCCUUAACACAGUUGAGCCCUUGGACCUGGAUAACCACAUACUGGAGGAAGGGGAGCCUUCAAGCCAGGAUCCUAAGAACAAUGAAGAGCUGGAGGAGAAUGAGAUCUUCAGGAAGAGAUUUUCCCUUUACGAAGAAAAUGUAAGCAACAAAGUGGCGAUGUCAAGCACUGCCCAAAGCAGCAUCUUUGAGAAGAUGGAAGUCUUGGCAGCUCUGAUCACUGGUGGUGCCAUGGGUCUCCUAUUUGACAUAUUCCUGGUCCUGCUGCUGAUCUACUGAAUGAAGAAGAAGGAUGAAGGCAGCUAUGAUCUGGGCAAGAAGCCCAUCUACAAG